UUUUUCCCUUUCAGUGGAACUUAGUGUGUAAAGAUUCUCAUUAUGUUCCUCUCAUACUUAGUAAUAUGUUUCAAGGUGUACUCAUAGGUACUCCCCUGUUUUCUGCUCUUUCAUGGAGGUAUGGUCGAAGAGUGACAUUUCUUGCAUCUGUUGCUUUGGUAGCUGCAAGUGACGUUGGAUCCACCCUUGUUCCUGUUUUCUUUUUAUGCAUCCUGCUUCGAAUAGUAGAAGGCAUGGCUUUAGCCACAGUAUAUACUUCUGGCUAUUUCAUAAUUAUGGAACUAGUUCAUCCAAAACUGAGAGUGAGGGUAAAUGAGAUUUCUACUAAAUGUUGGUGUGCUGGUAGUUGCCUUGUUCCUUUCCUUGCUUACGCCACAAGAUCAUGGGUAUAUUUGACGUCCAUAAGCUCAUGCAGCGCCCUUCUUAUUUUCAUUAUAGCAUUCUGGAUACUUCCAGAAUCUCCAAGUUGGCUGAUCACUCGUGGGAGGUAUAAAGAUGUUGUCGAUAUUUUACAUUCAAUGAACAAACUAAAUGGCCUCAAAAUUCAAAACAUGACUCUCUUAUUAUAUAAAGUACAAAAUGACGAAUUACGCCAUUUUCAUAAUCAACAUAGAUGA